GCGAGCCCCGCUGCUCCGGCCCGGCCCGGCCCGGCCCAGCUCGGCUCGGCACCGCCUGGCAGGGGCCGCCGGGCGCGCUCGGCUCCUCGCCUUGCUGCCGGCACGGCACGGAGGGCCCGGGCGGAGCUGCAAUGCUGGGCUCCGGCUCACGGUGGAGCUGCCCGGCCCCGGCCCCGACCCCUCCGGAGCCGCGGGCUGCACUUGUUGAUCCGCGGGCCGCGGCAGCGGCGGGCAGCGCCGGAGCGGCCCUGGGUGCCGGCCCGGGCCCCGCGCCGGGCGCCGGCCGCGCCUGGCAGUGAGCAGCCGCAGCCCAGGGAAGGCCUUGGGAAGCUUCCUGCCGACGGAGCCGAUCCGUCUCGCUCGGCUUCCCCUCCCCCUGGGCGCCGCGGGCAGCCGGGAGCGCCGCCGCCAUCCUGCGCCUCCGGCUGCCCGGGGGGGAUGCGAGCGGGGCCGCCCCUGCCGCCCGCCCCGCCGCAGCAUGUAGCCGCCCUCGGCCCCGCGCCGCCUCGCCGGGAGCCCGCAGGAGCAGCUCCGGGCCAUGGAGGGCAGCGAGAGGUGAGCAGAGCCGGCCCCGCGCCCUGCCCCGCGCCGCUCCGCGCCGCGGCCAGCCCGACGGGGACCCGCGAUGCCGCUGGGCAUGAAUAAGCAUGGAUCUCGCUCUACUACCUCUUUGCCUCCGGACCCCACCGAGAUCGUCAGGAGCAAGGCCUGCUCCCGAAGGGUCAAGCUCAACGUGGGGGGGCUGGCCCACGAGGUUCUCUGGCGGACCUUGGACAGGUUGCCGCGGACCAGGCUGGGUAAGCUCAGAGACUGCAACACGCACGACUCCCUCAUGGAGAUCUGCGACGACUACAACCUGGAGGAGAACGAGUACUUCUUCGACAGGCAUCCCGGGGCAUUCACCUCUAUCUUGAACUUCUAUCGCACCGGCAAGCUGCACAUGAUGGAGGAGAUGUGCGCCUUGUCCUUCAGCCAGGAGCUGGACUACUGGGGGGUGGACGAGAUCUACCUGGAGUCCUGCUGCCAGGCCCGCUACCACCAGAAGAAAGAGCAGAUGAAUGAGGAGCUGAAGAGAGAAGCAGAGACCCUGAGGGAAAGGGAAGGGGAGGAAUUCGAUAACACUUGCUGUGCUGAGAAAAGGAAAAAGCUCUGGGACCUCCUGGAGAAGCCCAACUCCUCCGUAGCGGCCAAGAUUUUGGCAAUCAUUUCCAUCAUGUUUAUUGUACUAUCUACAAUUGCCUUGUCCCUUAAUACACUUCCUGAGCUACAAGGUGUGGAUGAAUUUGGGCAGACCACGGAUAACCCCCAGCUGGCCCACGUGGAAGCGGUGUGCAUUGCGUGGUUCACAAUGGAAUACCUCCUGCGCUUCCUCUCCUCCCCUAAGAAAUGGAAGUUUUUCAAAGGCCCGCUGAAUGCUAUAGAUUUGCUGGCCAUCUUACCCUACUAUGUUACUAUCUUCCUCACAGAAUCCAAUAAAAGUGUACUGCAGUUCCAAAAUGUACGAAGAGUGGUCCAAAUAUUUCGGAUUAUGAGGAUACUCCGGAUUCUGAAACUCGCCCGGCACUCAACGGGUUUACAGUCCUUGGGCUUUACACUGAGGAGGAGUUACAAUGAACUUGGAUUACUCAUCUUGUUUCUGGCUAUGGGCAUUAUGAUCUUCUCCAGUUUAGUGUUUUUUGCAGAAAAGGAUGAGGAUGAUACAAAAUUCAAGAGCAUCCCAGCUUCUUUCUGGUGGGCAACAAUCACCAUGACAACAGUAGGCUAUGGAGACAUUUACCCCAAAACUCUUUUGGGUAAAAUAGUAGGAGGACUGUGCUGCAUUGCUGGUGUGCUGGUGAUAGCUCUUCCCAUCCCAAUUAUUGUCAAUAACUUCUCAGAGUUUUACAAAGAGCAGAAGCGGCAGGAGAAAGCCAUUAAGCGCAGGGAAGCUCUUGAAAGAGCAAAAAGAAAUGGCAGUAUUGUUUCCAUGAACAUGAAGGAUGCAUUUGCCCGUAGCAUAGAACUCAUGGACAUUGUGGUUGAAAAGAAUGGAGAAAGCAUAGCCAAAAAGGAUAAAGUUCAGGACAAUCAUUUAUCUCCAAGCAAAUGGAAAUGGACCAAGAGAACACUCUCUGAAACUAGUUCUAGUAAAUCUUUUGAAACUAAGGAACAAGGAUCUCCAGAAAAAGCCAGGUCAUCCUCAAGUCCCCAACACCUGAAUGUCCAACAGCUCGAGGACAUGUACAACAAAAUGGCAAAGACUCAGUCCCAGCCAAACCUUAUCACUAAAGACUCCAGCCAAGCUGGAAAGCAGAAGGAAGAGCUAGAAAUGGAAACCCUUCCCGGCCCCAUGGUGCCGCUGCUGGCCACUCGCACGGACGGGAUCGUGGACAUGAGGAGCAUGUCCAGCAUCGACAGCUUCAUCAGCUGCGCCGCCGAGUUCCCCGACCCCGCGCGGUUCCCGCACAGCCCGCUCACUGCCCUGCCCUGCAAGGGCAGCAUCAGCGUCAUCCAGGAGCAGAGCCGGCCGGAGGCCAGCGCUGCCAGGUACGUGGAAAUGAACCCAAGCUCUGAAAGCAGCCACCGCUCCGCUUUCUUCAUUGAAAGUCCCAAAAGCUCCAUAAAGGCCAGUAACCCUUUAAAACUAAGAUCUCUGAAAGUCAACUUCAUGGAAGAGGACACCAGCACAUUAGUACCAGCAUCAAGUGUACUGAGAACAUAUCCAGACCCUCUCAAGAGCCGGGGCGCUGCUGCUGCUGCCACAGACACUUCCUUACUCUCUGACAGGUCUCUCAUGAGCCCAGAAACCUCCAUCUACACAACUGCGAGUGCAAGAACGCCCCCAAAGUCACCGGAGUCCCAGGCAGCCAUAGCUUUCAACUUCCACGAUGCUGGGAUACACAAAUACAUCGAUGCUGACACUGAUGAUGAAGGUCAGCUGAUGUACGAUUCAAGCCCUCCUGGAAAUGUGAGUCCCAAGUACAAUGUUGCAAGCAGUGGCUAUCUAAAGCAAAAGGACCAUGUUUAUAGAACAGAGAAGAACCAUCUAGAAGCUGCUGCUUUGCCCACCUCCCCUAAGCUGAUAGGGCAGAACUGCAUUUACUCUAUGGAAGGUAUCACUGGAAGAACCCAGGGCAAUCAGGAAACUGUCAGACUAGAAAAUCACAUUUCCCCAGAAGUCCAUGUAUUACCAGGCAGCGGAGGACAUGCUAACACACAUGAUCAAAGCAUCUGAGGUGGGGUCUGAAAGAACUUACUGAGAGUUUAAAGGAAUAUCUUCACAGUCGACACAAACAAAAGAGCUUCUGCAUGGCAUGAACUUGGCUGAAACAAGCCACCUGUUUCUAAAAGUCUGGGGGAGGUCCAGUGUGGGUUUGUGAAAAUGUCCUUCUCUGAAACAACUCUAAAGACAUUGCCCACAUCAGUCCAAAAAAUGAUUGCAAAUCAUGAUCACACAUUGAUCUCCUUUCAUGUUGUCCAGUGAAGCCAAUGUGACCAAAUAUCCAUCCAUUCCCCUUGAACGCUAGAGCUCCUUUUGGAAAUAUUAACAUCUGAUUUGCAUUAGUUCCAUAAAGGAUGCCAAGGCAGCCAGAUUUGAACUCUGGAAUAAAUUGCUGGGGUUGGUAUAAAGCUUUCAAAAACACAAUGCUCACUGCUUCAGGGCAGCGGUUCCCCACCUACAGCUUUCUCUGAUGGAUAUUAUGUUUAAAGGUAGCAGGGAACACUUGCAUUAUUGGAAAAUCCAAGCGAAAAGCAUUCGAAACAAUUAACGGUCUAGAGAAACCAAUUCUGAAAAUGCUCUUUGUGUGUUUUACAAUCUGAUAUCCUGUAGGACCCGAUAUUUUCUUUUGAAAUAUUAGCAGGGUGAGUUGCACCACUUGUAUCUGACUCCAAACAUGCCCUAGGACGCAGUGAGACUGGCACUUGCCCUCUGCUAGAAGCCGGUAGCUGCCCCGGGGCCAGGCGUGGCCCGGGAAGGCGCAGGAGCCAUGCAGAAGCAGGAGACCCCGAGGCGGCGCAGCCGAGCCCGCCCGGGCUCACCGGGGCCGAGCCGUGCCCGCCCGGGAUGAGCCGUGCCAGCCCGGGAGGAACCGUGCCAGCCCGGGAGGAGCAGCCGAGCCCGCCCGGGAUGAGCCGUGCCCAGCCCGGGAUGAGCCCUGCCCACCCGGGAGGAGCCGUGCCCACCCGGGAGGAGCCGUGCCAGCCGGGAUGAGCCGUGCCCAGCCAGGAUGAGCCGUGCCGAGCACUGCCGGGCCCCGGCCGGGAGAGGAGCAGGUUGGUCCGAUGCUUUUUGCGCCCAAGCAGCGCAGUGAAAGAUAUGCAAGUGUUACAUAAAUAUGCAAAAAGAGGGAUUCGUUAGCGACCCGUCCCAGGCCUGGCUGUGCUCCCUCUCGCCGGGAGAGGCUCCUGCAGGGCCGUGGCACGAAGCAGCUGCGAGAGGCAGGAGAAACAGGCCUGACGUUUUAGUAACAUCCAGUCAUUUUUAAAUGAAACAAGAAGAUAAAGAGGAAAGGAAAAAAAAAAAGAGAUCUGACCAUUUUAAGUGAACAGAACUAGCAGCCACCAGCCUAGGUUUUUAAAAUAUUAUUGUUUCAAUAAAGUUAUGUCAAAUUGCGUAGGAAAUAAUUUGUCUUUGGUUUUUAAUCUUGGGGUUGGGGGGAAAAGCACUUUAUGUUGACUUUUUGUUGUCGUUGUUGCAAUGCUGGAGUAGGAUAGCAGAGUGUAACAAUCAAGCACUUUAAACAAGCACUACUUUAAUUUGUGCCUCUUGUUGUGACUGUGAUUUGUUACAAGCCUGUAGCAAGUCACAACUCGUCCUGUGAUAACUGUGAUGGUAACCUUUGAUGUUGUUCUCUGUUCCUACUGUAAAACUCAGUUGUAAAUGACUCCUGAGCGUUUCCUGAGCUGACCCGAGGCAGCGGGUCCGGCGUGAGCCGAGGCACGGGACGUGCGAGCAGAGGGGCACGCGUGGGAGGGAGACCCCCGAAGCCACUCGAGUCCGCUGCAUUUCGUUCCUUCCUGUUGUGAAAAUCAAGUGUUGGUUAGUCCUGAAUGUAGCCGCGUGUCCGUCCCGGCCGUGCAGCACCGUCUGUAACCCGAAAUCGUGAAUGCAGCAUGUACGGACAAAAGCAAUAAGCACAUUUCUGUUCAGGAGCCAGGCGGGCUGUGAGGAUGGCUCUGCCCGGAGCUGAGCCCGCGGCGCAGCGGCGGCUGCGCUGUGCUCGGCCGGACGGGGACGGCCGGGGGAGCGCUCGGAGCCCCGCGCUGUCCCGGAGGGUGGGAGCACAGCCCGGGCUGUCCUGCAGGAUGGGAGCACAGCCCUGUCCCGGCAGGAUGGGAGCACAGCCCGGGCUGUCCCGGAGGGUGGGAGCUGUGCCCGGGCUGUCCCGAGGGUGGGAGCACUGCUCGGGGUGUCCUGGAGGAUGGGAGCUGUGCCCUGUCCCUGCAGGGAGAGGGGAGCUGUGCCCUGUCCCGGAGGAUGGGAGCUGUGCCCUGUUCCUGCAGGGAGAGGGGAGCUGUGCCCUGUCCCGGAGGAUGGGAGCUGUGCCCUGUCCCUGCAGGGAGAGGGGAGCUGUGCCCUGUCCCUGCAGGGUGGGAGCUGUGCCCUGUCCCGGAGGAUGGGAGCUGUGCCCUGUCCCUGCAGGGAGAGCUGAGCACUGCCCUGUCCCUGCAGGGUGGGAGCUGUGCCCUGUUCCUGCAGGAUGGGAGCUGUGCCCUGUUCCUGCAGGGUGGGAACUGUGCCCUGUCCCGGAGGAUGGGAGCUGUGCCCUGUUCCUGCAGGGUGGGAGCUGUGCCCUGUUCCUGCAGGAUGGGAGCUGUGCCCUGUCCCGGAGGAUGGGAGCUGUGCCCUGUCCCGGAGGAUGGGAGCUGUGCCCGGGCUGUCCCGGCAGGAGUGAGCAGAGCCCGGCAGGGUUUGAGCUCCCUCCCGCUCCCUCCCCCGAGCCCGCUCCGCCGGGCAGGCAGGGCUCGGCCGUGGAAAUCCAAGUGUACUUAGAGGAACCGAUGUGUUGCUGAGAUACUGGCUGAGAUUGAGUCGUCGCGAAAAAGUGAAAAGUAACUUUCCAGCAGAUAAGCUUUAAAUACUGAUUUAUUCUGCGGCUUUCUGAGGCCACAGAGCGGCAACAAGAAAUCUUAAAGAGAACAGUCAUAAUAUAAUCUCUGUGUUUCAGUGAUCAGUCAUGUCUGCCAUCAGCACAAAUGUAAAAAGAAGAAAAAUCAGGGAUUUUUUUUUAAAUAAAGUAAUAGUGAUUUCCAAGUUAAAUAUUUUUAGAGCUGAUGCUUUCAUGUGGAAAAAAAGUCAUAUUUUACAUGUCACGAAAGUGAACGUAUUUAAAUAUAGCCAUAUAGUGUAGUAUUUACCACACUCUCAUCCAAAUUGAUGUAUUUGGUUUAUAGAUGGCACUGACAAAAAUGUAUAAAUCAACAAUUCUAUCAUUUUUUAUCUGACAGUCAACUGGUGCAACUCUCCUUGUAACCAAAGGCCCUCUGUCUGCCUUGCGUGAUCGCUCAUGACACGCACCUUAUGUCAUCUAUUUAGUCCUACCUUUAAAGUAGCAUUUUACUGAGUAACUUUUGAAAGUCAAAUUCAAAAGUAUCAUUUAAAAAAAUCUUCCUUUUAAGUCUCAAUAGCCAAAGUCCUAUAGAUUUCUUAUAGAAAGCAAAUAAUUUAAAAUUGAGCAUAUAAUAUGCUUGAAGAGCAUUUCUCUCUUAUUUGUGUACAAAGAUGUAGCUCUCAUUUUGUGCCCAAUUAAAAAGGAAGUAUGUUUAAUUUAUUUUAAUGAAAUAAAGUCUGAAUAUGAAGUACGUAUCUA